AUGGUUCCUUUCGCACCUUUCGUUACUUUCAAUUUCGGCUCAGAUGUGCAGGUGACUCUCCCUGAGUCCUUGCUCGCUAGUCCGCCCACUGGAGGGAUCACUUUUGGUUCCUUCACGGACUCGGCCUUCAUCACUCUUGGCGGGCCGACCCCAUCGGAGGCUGCUGUAUUCUCUCCUCCCCAGAUGAGAGGAUGCGUAGCCAUGCGCCCUUUUGGACGACCAGCUGCUCGGUCGAUAGCCCAGGCACCUGUUCAUCCCGUUCUUGUACUUGUGCAGCUUGUGCGCCCUAUGGCUAGGCGACCAGUGCCUAGGCCACUUCCCGUUCCACUAGUUCGUUCAGUGGUUAGGCGUCCAAUACCUGCCGCUCCUGUUGCGCGGGUUACUCCGGCCCCUCAGCACCGGUUGGUCCAGCCCCUCAGCGCCGGUAGCCUGCUGCUGUUGUUACUCCCAUUGUUCCGGCAGAAGUACCUUGAAUUUGGGUUCCCCCUCCCACUUCCACAUGGAAGAGGGCUGCCCAGACCGAGAGUCUUUGAUGGGUUUGGGAACCCAAGGCAGCAUGUGGCUCAAUAUCGAGCCAUAUGUUGCAACAUCGGGGGGAAUGAUGCAUUGAUGUUAAGACUUUUUAUUAGUACUCUGGUUGGGGUGGCGUUUGCUUGGUAUGCCGACCUCCCCAACGACUCAGUCCAGACCUUUGCAGAGUUAGAGCAGCUAUUUAUACAGAGGUUUGCCAGUGCAGAGCACCGGAUCACAAUUGGAGAAUUGGUGAUCAGUCUACAGGACAGCAUACCUGAUGCAGUCCCUCCUAAGAUUGAGAGUCAACCUCAGCGUAGACCUCAGCAUCAGGAGUUAUUAAGGGCACCUCCUCCUAGGAAGGGGAAGUUGUUGAAGAAGAUGCAUAAAGCUCUCUCACCGGAAGAGUGCUCUUUAAAGGAGACUUCUCGCCAUCUUGGCUUUGGCGGCAGGGAAAGGCUCACCCCCAAGUAUGACCUCGUAGAGCAGAUGCUGUUCAUCUAUGUUAGAGCAGUGAGGGCCAAAGACCUCCCAUGUAAUGAUGGUAAUGAGAACUGCAACUAUUAUGUUGAAGCCAAGGUCGGAAACUUUAGACGAAUCACAAGGCACCUCAACGAUAAGGCAAGUCUGGAAUGGAAUCAGGUAUUUACUUUUCCAAAGGAUCUCAAUCAUGCAUCUAUUCUUGAGGUCGCAGUUAAGAAUAAGGAUUGCAUAAAGGACGAAACUGCGGGUGUAGUUCUGUUUGAUCUUAACGAGAUACCCGAUCGUGUUCCACAUGAUAGCCCUUUGGCUCCUCAAUGGUACAAAUUGGAAGAUCGACAUGGAAAUAAUGUAGGAGAGGUAAUGCUUGCUGUUUGGAUUGGAACUCAAGCUGAUGAGGCAUUUCCUGAAGCUUGGCACUUUGAUAUUGCAUCAAUUUCUGACGGUGGCUUGGUUAAUCUAAGAUCUAAGGUUUAUGUCUCUCCCAAGCUUUGGUAUGUCAGGGUCAACGUAAUUGAAGUACUAGACUUGCAGCCUAGUGAUAAUACCCGAUUUCCAGAAGUAUUUGUUAAAGUUGUUUUGGGAAACCAGGCAUUGAGAACGAAGAUAUCCCAGAACCGAGCCAUGAAUCAUAUGUGGAAUGAAGAUUUGAUGUUUGUAGCUGCAGAACCAUUUGAAGAUCAAGUUGUUAUCACUGUCGAAGAUAAAGUUGGACCCAAUAACGACGUGUUAAUGGGAAAGGUCGCUAUUUCGCUUCAGAAUGUGGAGAAAAGGCUGGACUGUAAGACGAUGAAAUCCAAAUGGUACGAUCUCGAGAAGAUUGAAGCGAGCGAUCACAGCCAAAAGAAGAAGAAAAAGAAGGAAUUAAAUCUUUCUACUCGGAUUCAUCUGAGAAUUUGUUUGGAUGGUGGAUAUCACGUCUUGGAUGAGUCAACUAAUUACAGCAGUGAUCUAAGGCCAACUGCAAAACAACUAUGGGAACCAAGUAUUGGCGUAUUAGAAUUGGGUAUUUUGGGUGCGCAGGGGUUGACUCCAAUGAUGACAAAGGAUGGGGAAGGAACCACUAAUGCUUACUGUGUUGCAAAGUACGGCCAGAAAUGGAUUCGAACCAGGACAGUAGUUGAUAGUUUUACACCAAAAUGGAACGAGCAAUACACUUGGGAGGUUUUUGAACCUUGUACUGUAAUCACAAUAGGUGUGUUUAACAAUUGUCAAUUGCAGGGUGGAGAAAAGAUGGCCAUCACCAGCGACAGCGUGAUUGGAAAGAUUAGGAUUCGGCUUUCGGCGCUUGAAAGCGAUAAGGUGUAUAUCCAUUCGUAUCCUCUUAUUGUCUUGAACAGAAGUGGGCUGAAAAAGAUGGGGGAGCUCCAGUUAGCUCUUCGGUUCACAUGCUUAUCAUUGUUAAGUAUGCUGAACAUUUAUUUGCAACCACUCUUGCCUAAGAUGCACUACCUUCAUCCUUUAUCAGUUGCUCAACUUAAUAUGUUGAGGCAUCAUUCAAUGCAGAUUGUUUCAAUGAGGUUGGGCCGGGCUGAGCCACCAUUGAGAAGAGAGGUGGUGGAGUACAUGCUGGAUGUUGGUUCUCACAUGUGGAGCAUGAGGAGGAGCAAAGUUAAUUUCUUCAGGAUCAUUGGUUCUCUGAAGGGUCUAAUUGCUGCAGUGAAAUGGUUCAACAGUAUUUGCAACUGGAAGUUUCCUGUGUUGACAGUCAUUAUUCACAUACUCGUAGCAAUAUUUGUCUUGUUUCCAGAGCUGAUACUUCCAAGCUUUUUCCUGAAUUUGUUCUUUAUUGGCAUUUGGAAAUAUAGAUGGAAGCCUAGGCACCCUCCUUACAUGGACACCCAACUUUCCCUUGCUGAUUCUGUUCCUUGUGAUGAGCUAGGUGAAGAAUUCGAUACUUUUCCAACUAGUGAACCUUCUCAUAUUGUAAAGCAGAGGUAUGAUCGCUUGCGAAGUGUUGCAGGGAGGAUACAAAUGGUGGUUGGCGAUCUUGCAGUGCAAGGUGAGAGGAUACAGUCUCUGUUAAGUUGGCGAGAUCCUAGGGCAACUGCAGUGUUUUUGAUAUUUUGUCUCAUUGCUGCUAUUGUGCUGUAUGUUAUACCAAUGCGUUUAGUUGCUCUGCUAACUGCGUUUUACAUUUUAAGGCACCCUAGGUUACGAAAAGACGUUCCAUCUGUGUUUUUUAACUUUUUUAGAAGAUUACCUGCAAAGCCUGACUGUUUGUUGUAG